GUCUUGACUCCAAUUGGUUCUAAACUUUACGCUGUUUUCACUUUCACUUGUGUCUUCCUCGUAUGUUUGAUAACCCAAGCACCACACGCAGCCCGACAGGUAACGACUGAGCAACAGCCCACUGCCGCACAUCAGCACCACACACGGCGCCGCAAUCCUCCCACCGUCACACGGCACUGCACAGAGAAAACUCCCAAGAAACCACUGCACUUAUAGCAGAAUUUCAGCACGAUUUGGCUGAUCGAAGUCUAAUUUGUAUUCCUUUUUAUCUGUUAGGCGAUCUUCCAAUUCAAGACUUGGAAUUUCAGAAAAUCAAGCUAGGGUUAGGGUUUUAGUUCUUUUACGAUGUACUUAAAAGAAGGGUCUUCCUUAUUGUUGAAAGUUUACAAACCUUCAAUCCCCUUUGUGCUAAACACAAACCCAAUUCUCAAUCCCUGUAAACCGCAGAUUGAACAAAAUCAAUCCCUUUUUCUCAAAGAAAGCGAGGUCGAAAACAGAUUAAAACGCGAGGUCGACAUCGUUUUGGCCUUGGAGUACUUCAAGUCCAUAGCCAAUUCAGGGACCUUCAAGCACACCCCAUUAACGUACCAAACCAUGAUUGAGAAACUCGGUCGGGAAAAGAAUCAAACAGAUGGUGUGCAAUACCUAUUGCACCAAAUGAAGAUGGAAGGGAUUAGAUGCUCCGAGGACUUGUUUGUGUGUGUGAUAAAGGCUUAUCAGCGAGCCGGGUUGGCCGAGCAAGCGUUGAAGACGUUUUAUAGGAUAAGGGAAUUUGGGUGCGAGCCAACGGUGAAGAUUUACAAUCAUGUAUUGGAUGCGUUGCUUAGUGAGAAUAGGUUUCAGAUGAUUAAUCCGAUAUAUAGUAAUAUGAAGAGAGAUGGGAUGGAGCCGAAUGUGUUUACAUAUAACAUUCUCUUGAAGGCACUGUGUAAGAAUGAUAGGGUCGAUGGUGCACGAAAGUUGCUUGAGGAAAUGUCGAAGAAAGGGUGCUCUCCGGAUGCAGUGAGUUAUACAACUAUAGUCUCCACUUUGUGUAGGCUUGGUAAGGUGGAGGAAGCGAGGGAGCUUGUGACGAGGUUCAAACCCGUUGUGUCAGUUUAUAAUGCUCUGAUCAAUGGGGUUUGCAGAGAAUACAAGUUUGAGGAGGUGUUUAAGCUGUUAGCUGAGAUGGUGGAUAAAGGGGUUGAUCCUAAUGUCAUCACGUUCUCGACAGUCAUUAGUUCUCUUUGUGAUGUGGGGAAUGUUGGGUUGUCUCUUGCAGUGAUGGCCCAAAUGUUUAGGAGAGGAUGUAGCCCCAAUAUUUACACGUGUACUUCCUUGAUAAAGGGGUAUUUCUUGGGAGGGAGACAGUUUGAAGCUCUCGAAAUGUGGAACCGGAUGAUUAGAGAGGAGUUUGCGCCCAAUGUUGUUGCAUACAACAUUCUAAUACAUGGCCUCUGCUCUUGUGGGAAUAUGGGUAAAGCUGUAUCUGUUUGCGAUGAGAUGGAGAGAAAUGGUUGUUCUCCAAAUGUGACUACAUAUAGCAUUCUCAUUGAUGGCUUUGCAAAAAAUGGAAACUUGGUUGGUGCAUCUGAGACAUGGAACAAGAUGAUAACCCAUGGUUGUUACCCAAAUGUUGUGACAUAUACGUGCAUGGUGGAUGUUCUCUGUAGGAAUUCUAUGAUCAAUCAAGCUCAUUUUCUUAUAGAGAAUAUGACUACCGAAGCUUGUCCUCCAAAUACGGUUACAUAUAACACUUUAAUAAAAGGGUUAUGUGGCAUUGGAAGAUUGGACUGUGCUCUAAAAGUGCUUGAUCAGAUGGGGAGUUGCAGGUGUUCUCCUAACAUCACAACAUAUAAUGAGUUAUUGGAUGGCCUCUUUAAGGUAAAUAGAUUCAAAGAAGCUUUUGAACUUGUUAGGGAGAUGGAAGAAAGGGAGAUUGGGCUGAAUUUGGUGACUUAUAAUAUAAUUUUGCGUGGAUUUUGUCGUGCUGGUAUGCCUCAGGAGACUUUUCAGCUUCUUGGGAAAAUGCUUGUAGGAGGGAUUAAGCCUGAUGCCAUCACAUACAAUACUAUAAUUUAUGUCUACUGUAAGCAGGGAAAGGUUAGAUAUGCUAUCCAAGUUUUUGACAGAAAUAGUGCAGCAGAAGAGUGGCAUCCAGACAUAAUAUCAUACACUACUCUUCUAUGGGGGAUCUCUAAUUGGAUAGGUGUUGAAGAAGCCAAUUUUUAUCUUCACAGGAUGGUAAACGAAGGGAUCUACCCCAACCUUGCCACCUGGAAUGUGUUAAUUCGCUGUUUCUUUAGCAACUUAGGUCAUAUGGGGCCAAUUCACAUUCUGGAUGAUAUCCUGGGUAAUGGAUAAUACACAAGUUAUGGAUUUUCUUUUUCAGAAACCGAAUAGCAAAAGAAAUUUGUUUGCUAAAACAUAAGUCAAAUGCAACAGAUGCUCAAAUGACUGAAUAUUCAGAUUAUUGCUGAUCUCCUUGUUGGGCAUAUUUUAGAUACAUCCAACCUGGAUUUUUUAUGAAUAUCCGUACAGUCGACUUCAAUUAAAUUGGAGAAGAAGAAUCUUGUUCUACAGAAGUUUACAGCAGCAUAGUUUGUGUUGCUUUAAAUUUCCCAGAUAUUGUUGGAUUAAAGUUAUUUGAAUGGAUUGAAUAAGUAGAAGUCAGCUUGCCGGGGUGUUUCACCGAGGAUUUCCCAGUUUCAUGGACCAAAGAUUAUUGUUAAACUCUGUAUUCUUUUUGUGUGUACUGAUACGCUAGUCGCCUGCAAUUGUAAAUGUUUACAUACCCUGUAGUAUGUUUCACUGGUAAAUUGGGUGCAACUUUAUCAAGGCCAUGACCCAAAGCGCCAUACAGGAAGCAUUCAGCUUCUAGGUACUCUUUAAGUUUAGAGGAAACGCCAAAAGAUCAGUAUCAGCCAUUGUUAAUGGAGAAUCACGUUAUGGGACGAGUUGAGAAUGAGAAUUUGGAAGGAAGAGGACUAGUAAGGCAACAGUGGUCUCAUUUAAUGUGAUGAGAAUGCCAUCAUGUCUGGUGCUUUUUUGUAGGUAUUUAUAUCCAUUACCCAACUUUUCCUAUACAUUAAAAUGUCGCAAAAUCUAUUUCUAUUUAGGAAGAAUCCAUUUCUCUUUUGGUUUCUGUUAAGGGAGACAGAAAACUCUUGCAGUGUAACAGUACUCUUCCUAUGGGAUCACAGAAUUUUCAUAUUAGCCAUCGACCUUUUCUAUGCUAUAUUUACAGAUUGCUCAAA